CAAUCAAACAUAUGUUUUUUGUUUUGUAAAAAAUUGUAAAUAUAUAAAUGUUGUAAGUGCUGGUAAAAUUCGUGAAUUGGAAAAUAUAGUGCGAACGGAGUGUGUGUGUAAUAACGGUAGUGCUAAACCCAAUGUUAAAUUAAAACAUUGACUAUUUUAACGGCCGAUGAUAAAAAGGAAAAACGGUAAAUCCAACCGAAGUCUGGGUGGAUAAAUCAAUUAUUUGGGGUAAUUUCGUUUUAAGUCAAAAGGAAAAAAGUCAUGGAAUAAAUGAAAAAAGUUACAGCAACAACAGCAGCAGAGGAAGGCUGGGUCUGGGUUUUUAAAACCAUCUCAUUAUCUUUUCUUGUAACUAGACAAGACUAGUGCUUCCCCCCAUCAAAGACUAGAUAAGAUUAUGCCUUGCAGCUAUUUAUUUGCUACGAGUAGCGAGGGACGCGUAUAUACGCUCUCCACUAGCUCGGGAGCAUGGCGCGAAUUCCCCUACCUGGGAUUGGAGUUCAAAAAAAUCUGUGCUGUGACCAAUUAUAUGUGGGCCAUAGGCGGCGAUCGUCAGGUUUAUGUGCAUGUCCAUGGCCUGGAUGUACCCAUACGGGUGCGUGAGGAAUCUUUUGAGAAUGAACGAUGGCUGCCAAUUGAGGGUUUCUCGAAAACUCUGUUACCCACCGAUCGAUACAGAUACUCUUCGGCCGAUGGCAGUGUGGAGAGAAGUGUGGAUAAAAUACGUUUACCUUCAAUGGCUUGGCAGUGGGAUGGAGAUUGGCAUUUGGAUUUAGAAUUAGAUGGCCAACAGUUGGCCGAAGAUGGCUGGAUGUAUGCUUUGGAUUUUCCGGCAUCCUAUUCUGCCAAAAAGUCCUGGAACUCGUAUGUUCGUCGUCGAAAGUGGAUACGCUUUCGGCGCUAUGCAGCGCUCAAUAGCUGGUGUGCUGUGGCCCCUUUGCACAAAGAUCCUACACAAGAGCCCUUCAUUGAUGUAGCCAUUGGGGGAGUUAAUGUGCCAAAUGCUCCAGCCGGCACACUUUGCGUCUGGGCUAUUACGGCGCACGGAAGGGCCAUGUUUCGUACCGGGGUAACAGCCACAUCGCCCGAGGGAUUACGCUGGACAGCCAUACCCACGCCGACGGGAAGUGAACUGGCCCAGAUUAGUGUGGGAGCAACUGGUUUGGUCUGGGCUGUUCUCUACAACGGCCGUGUCAUCGUUCGCACUGGGGUAAGCCGGGAUAAUCUCUCCGGCGAGGCUUGGCUGGAUGUUAAGACACCGGGACCACGGAUCGUUCAUGUUUCAGUGGGCACAGAUGCCGUUUGGUGUGUAACCAAUGAUCAUCAUGCCUGGUUUCGACGCGGCAUAAAAGGCGAAGCGGCUGGCAUUAGCGAGGACUCGGCCAUAGGUAAGGGCUGGGUGGAAAUGGUGGGCAAUAUAUCCAUGAUCUCUGUGGCUCCUAAUGAUCAGGUCUUUGCCGUGGGAGCUGCUGAUCGAGCUCUUUAUUAUCGAUCAGGUGUAACCUCCGCUGAUCCCACCGGCAAGAAAUGGCGCCAAAUCCAAUGCCCCAUGCAAAUAAGUCGCACUUCUAGUUCCAUGUCCAUAGUUUCGCGCAAAAGUGGCGGCAGUAGUUCUACACCUGGCUCUAAACAUCAGAGUUUCUCCAAUCUCUACUCCAAAGAGAAGGAGAAAGGUGUUGUCGAAACAUGCGCUGUAAUUGAGACGGUAUUGCCAAGUCCCGGUGGCAGUGGCAGCACCGGAGGAGUCUCUAGUAAUGGCCGUCUCAAGCAUGAACGUUGGAAGCUGAGUGCCGAUUCCCCACCCACUAUUGGUAGCUUGAAUCUAAAUGAUCGUCAUAAACAUAGGACAGCGGCCGCCUUAAGGGAUUCCUCUACGGGCCAUGCUUCCAGUGCUCCGGCUGCCGAUGUGGCAGAGGUGACUGGCAAAUUUGAGACACAAUUGAAAAAUCCACGAGCCUGGUCACCUGUACGCAGUGUGGGCUCAGUGGUUGGCACUGAGGCACAUCCGGAAAGCGAUUCGGCUGUCUUUGAAUCCGAUUCGGCCCAUCACGGUUCGGAUGUUUUUCUAGGCGAGGAUGAUGAUCAUACAGGCUCCCAAUUCUGGACCGAGUGUGGCAUCCUUUGGAGUUGUGUGGCCACUGGAGCUGUAUGUUUGGAUGUCGCCAAUUUACCCAAUUGGUUUAAUGAGCAAUCAUCUAAUGAUAGUCAAGUUGAUAUCAAUGCCAAUUGGCGGAAAGAUAUCUUAACUAAACUACAAUUACGACAGCAAAGAUUGGCCAAAAUGCAGGAAAUGGCCAAAUUCGAAAAGGCUGUCGAAUUAUCAUCGUGGAUCAAAUCGUCGGAUGCACGGUAUCAGCGUCCUGGCGGCGAAUACGAAGACUGCAUCAUUGAGCUGGAAUGGGUCAGUGGUGCGAGUGGUGUGAGUUCCUCAACCACCGGUGCCACCGGAGCCACCGCUGACACUAAUGACUCCGGCACCUUCACUGUGCUCAGUCACGAUGGUUCAUCAACCAAAAUUCAAUUUCCCCUCUCCGACAUCACCUGUGUGCAAUGUUGUAGUGAGGCCGGGUCUCCGCGUCUGGCCAUACAUGCACCACAUUUGCCGGUCAAUUGUACGCCAGUGAAACUUCAAUUUCCCAGCGAUGCCGAAAUGGAAGAUUGGCUCUCCCACUUAUCCUCAGUGUGCAGUCAAAUAAAUACACUGAUGGGCAAACCGGCAAGCAAUUCCAUUUGGUUAACUAGCGACCUGGGCGAUGUUUUCGUAUUCGAUGCGGCCAACAUGAAGACCCAGCAAAUGGACAAAAACAUAGCCGGAGAUGCCGGAGGUUAUGUGGAACGUAUGGAUGUUUCUACAUGUGAAACUCCCUACUAUAAUACGCUUUAUAAUGGGAUGCCAUGCGGCACAGAAUUGGAGAUUUCCGGCUGUGUCUAUGAUGAUGCCGAUCAAAUUCGUUUCGAUUUGCAAUGUCAUUCAACGGUGCGUGUCCUGCCCCAUCGUGUGGAGAAGCAUCGUGUGAUUGCUAUGCAUUUGAAUCCACGUUUUAAUGAACGCACUACAGUGCUCAAUUCCAUGAAGGCCUCGGAAUGGCUAGAAGAGAUACGCAAUGAUAAGAUGGUCUUUGCUCCAGGUGCCACAUUCACAUUAAAGAUUAGGGCCCUGCAAAAUCACUAUGAGAUCAAGGUGAAUAAUAUUCCGUAUGCCGAUUACAAAUACCGCACAGAUCCAGAAGCAGUUACACGUCUAUAUGUGAGUGGUAGGGUUAAGUUGUUCAACAUAUUGUAUCGUUGUCCCUCGCUCAUUGUGUCCAUGGAACAGAUGCAUUGGCGUCAAAUGGGCGGACAUGUGAAACGUGUCUAUAAUAGCGGGGUGGAUGUGAUUUGGGGUAUUUCAUGCGAUAAUACCGCUUGGGUCUACAAUGGCGGUUGGGGUGGCAUGUUCCUCAAGGGUUUGGAGGGUUCGGGCAAGAUAAAUCCCAUGAUUGACACUCACACCUAUUAUGUGUAUGAGAAUCAGAGAUGGAAUCCUAUCAGUGGUUUUACAGCCAAAAGUCUGCCCACCGAUCGUCACAUGUGGAGCGAUGCCACUGGACGACAAAAACGAAGCAAAGAGCACACGAAAUUGCUCUCAACGCACUGUGAAUGGAUCUCGGAUUGGGCCAUAGAUUACAAUAUACCAGGAGGAGCGGAUAAAGAAGGCUGGCAAUAUGCCAUUGAUUUUCCAGCGGCCUAUCAUGCUCACAAAAAGCUCACCGAUUGUGUCCGUCGACGUCGCUGGAUGAAGAAAUGUCGCUUAAGCAGCAGUGGUCCGUGGCAGGAAUUGAGUCAAUCCAAAAUUUUAGAUGCUGCCCUUCAAGUGUUGGACGACGAUGUCGAUAGCGUAUGCAAUGUGGAUGAUGCUCCAGUUACCGCCUGGGCUAUAGCCUCCAAUGGCGAUGUUCUGAUCCGACAUGGUGUGAGUACACUAAAUCCACGUGGCGAUGCUUGGGAGCAUAUUGCCAGCGAUCAGCCAUUAAUAGCCAUUAGUGUGGGUCCAACUGGUCAGGUGUGGACAGUGGCCCGCAAUGGCAUGGUCUUCUUUCGCUAUGGCAUCACUCGGCAGAAUCCCUGUGGUGAUGCUUGGCAACAGAUCGAGGCUCCAGCGGGUGUCAAUUUCAAGGCAAUAAGUGUGGGUAGAUCUGGCAUUUGGGCGUUGGACAAUCAACAAAGGCUGGCCGUUCGUAAGGAGAUAACACGCACUUUUCCCGAGGGCUCCCAUUGGCAAUUUCUUCCAAACGCUGUCAACAUUCCGCCACAUACAGAAACCCAUUGUGGCUUCCGGUCAGUAUCGGUGGGCAAAGAGGUUUGGGCUGUCUCUCUCAAUGGCAUAAUUUGCCGACGCUGCGGCAUCACAAAGGAGAAUCCAGCUGGAGUGGGCUGGAAUCUUGGUGUGGCUGGCCAAUGGCAACAUGUUUCCGUUGAAGGUUAUUUGUAAAGGCCAUCUAUGUCUAUGUCUAGUUUCUAUUUUCAUAAAUUAAUUUCCUAGUUAUUUUGAGCUAUUGCUAUAUACAUAUUUAUACAAUUCCUGGCAUAAUGUAUGCACAAUAUGUAUGCUUAAGACACAUAUAAUCGUAUAUUCUUGUAUUCCAUUGUACGUGUGUACAUAGAUUUAUGAAAUAAGUUUAAAAGUUGUAAAUUACUUUACCCAUUAUUGAUCUGAUCAGAACUACGAUAUUCUCAAAUACUAAAUUAUGAUUACGCUUGCCAUUUAGUUUCAUGCGUAUGCCAAUUUUAAUAUUUAUAUUUGCCUAAGUUAAACCUAAUUCUAGUCUCUAUUUUCCAAUUGUCAUUCCCUAAAUGUGAUUAUGAAUAUACAUGAAUGUACUAAAUAAAAAGUAUUUAUGAAAUUGCUUCAAAAAA